AAAAUAAAUUCUGAGAAAAUUCCAGCAAUCCAGUGGGUUUGAAAAUGAACAAUUCCAGCAAACUUCGUGGUGGUGUAAAAGUCUCCAUGACAGCUGACAUCCCGUUCGAAAAGAGAAAAGAAGAAGAAGAAGACUGGCGUCCAUAUUUGAUAUUUGGCAAAAAAUGCUCUUUCUCGCGUAAAAGUCGUGAAAAGUGUGGUGAAAAGUGCUGAAAAACCCGCCUUAUGUGUUGAUUUGGUGCGUAAAAGGUGCAUAAUUGACAGUGUCCGUGUGCAUUGUGUUGAAUUGUGGGUAAUUGUUUGUGAUUUGGGGUUGUGUGGUGCAGCUGCUGAAGGCAAAAAACUUUUGUGUGCUCCGUGUUCUCUCUCUCACUUUUGGUUUUUGGACAGAACCCAAUAAUGGUGGACAUGUCAUGAGAAUAACUCGCACAGAAGACAACAGAAUGGAUGAAAAUUCGUCAUCGCUUGGCCAUCAGAAUGGUGGCGGUGGCAUGAGUGGUGUGGUGGUCUCAUCGCAGAUGGGUGGCAAUAAUUCGACUGCCAUUAACAAUAAGGGACAGGAUGAUAAUCAAACUAAUCAGACGAGUGGACCACCACAUCACUAUUCAAUUCCUGGCAUCCUCCACUUCAUCCAGCACGAAUGGGCUAGAUUUGAGCAUGAACGUUCGCAGUGGGAUGUCGACAGGGCUGAAUUGCAGGCUCGCAUUGCUGUGCUGCUAGGCGAGAGAAAGAGUCAGGAAUCUCUCAAGUCAGAUUUAAUACGUCGAAUUAAGAUGCUCGAAUAUGCUCUGAGACAGGAGAGGGCAAAGUAUCAUCGGUUGAAAUUUGGCUGCGAUCCACCAACAAUGAAUGAUGACAUUAAACCACCAUCGGAUGAAAGUGCAGCUCCAGCCACUGAGGCUGCUGGCACGGAAUUGUGGGCCACGGACAAGGAGGCACCUUUUACAUCAGUGUCCAAUAUCACCUGGCGACAGGGCAGGCAACUGCUGAGACAAUAUCUCCUGGAAAUUGGCUACACGGACACAAUUUUGGAUGUACGUGCCAAUCGAGUGCGCUCCCUGCUGGGUCUCAACAAUAAUGCCGAACAGCAGGAGGAUAAUGCAAAUCCCAACAAUAUUAAUGGUAAUGAGAACAAUAAGAGAGCCAGUGAGACACAAGGACGACGAACACCAGCAAAAAAGGCACAACCAUCAAAUAUGACAGAGGCUAUGAUACUCGAUUCAGAGGCCGCUGUUAUGGCAAAUUUUGAAUUUUUGUCACAAACUGACGUUGAGAUGUCGGAUGACGAUGAAAUUGGGGAUGAGCUCGAUCUAAUCGGAGAGGAUGGCAGUGAUGUCAAAACUGCCAAGAGGAACGUUAAAGAAAUGAAUGAAGAUGAUGUAGAUGCUGAGGCCGAGGAGGUUCUCAAUGAGCUCAACAUGUUGACAGGGGGUGAAGAUAGUACGGGACAUUUUUUUAUCCCAGAAUCCUUCGGCAAUGCAUCUAGUCGGCGAAAUAUGAUAGCUUCCGAUGAGGAUGUGGAUUCAUCAUUGGGUUUAGGUGAAUUGGCCCAAUUGACGGUGAACAAUGAGGCGGAGACGGCUUACGAUGGUUCGAAUAGCAAGGAGUCAUAUAGGAAGACAUGGAAUGCCAAAUAUACACUUAGGUCGCAUUUCGAUGGGGUUAGGGCAUUGGCAUUUCAUCCGCAGGAACCUGUAUUGAUUACAGCAUCGGAGGAUCAUACGUUGAAAUUGUGGAAUUUGCAAAAAACUGUGCCAGCUAAGAAGUCAGCUAGUCUCGAUGUUGAGCCAUUGUAUACUUUUCGUUCGCACAGUGGCCCAGUGAUGUGUUUGGCGAUGUCAGCAAAUGGGGAACAGUGUUAUUCGGGUGGUUUGGAUAGCGUGAUAAAUAUGUGGAAUUUGCCAAAUUCCAAUAUUGAUCCGUACGAUAGUUACGAUCCGAGUGUCCUCAAGGGGACACUUGAAGGUCAUUCUGAUGCCAUUUGGGGUUUGGCUGUCAAUCAUACUCAUGGACAUUUGGUGUCAUCGUCAGCAGAUGGCACAGUUAAAUUGUGGUCACCUCAAGCUAAGACACCUCUACUCAAGACAUACACCUCCGAUACGGAAGGUGUACCGACUUCGGUUGAUUUCGUCCGGGACGAAGCUGAUCGGAUUGUUGUAGCCUAUCCGUCGGCCAAAUGCGUGAUCUAUGAUACGGAAACGGGCAAGGUGAUUGUGAAGUUGGAACAGGCUUCACAGGAGGCCAGUGGUGUCUUUGCCAAGUAUAUCAAUCGCGUUAUUAGCCAUCCAUUGCUCCCGGUCACAAUAACGGCUCAUGAAGAUCGACAUAUUCGAUUUUGGGACAAUACAAGUGGCACCCUUGUGCACUCAAUGGUCGCCCAUUUGGAUGCAGUCACUAGUCUGGCCAUUGAUUCCCAAGGACUGUACCUUCUGUCCGGCUCCCAUGAUUCCUCGAUACGCCUGUGGAAUCUCGAUAAUAAGACGUGCGUGCAGGAAAUUACGGCGCAUCGGAAGAAAUUUGACGAGAGCAUAUUGGACGUUGCCUUCCAUCCAUCACGUCCGUAUAUUGCAAGUGCUGGCGCUGAUGCUCUCGCCAAAGUUUUUGUCUAAUUAUCUUCAGAGCAAAUAUACACCAUGGAAUCCAAAUGUGAGUUGAAAAAGAAAAUUAUUAAAAAAAAAAACAAAUUGUAGAUCGAGGAAAAAUCACUGUCAUUCAAAUGAGCACAUCUCUCUAAUAAAAAGAAAAACAAGUGAAUAAAAAAGAUAUUUAAGUAGAAGUGAAUGUAGCAAGAAAAAAAUUUUGUAGUAUAGAAAAAAAAAUACUGAGACUUUUAGUUUUUCAUUUUGAAAAAAAAUAUGGAAAUUUUGGAGGGAAGAUGCAUUUUUUGCAGAAAAAAAGAACUUGACAGGCUCAAUUCUUUAAUUUACUCAACGGGUAUUUGCUAAUUUCAAGGUUAUUUUGAAUUUAACCUGAAAAACAGCGAGAAUGAACUUUGCGACUGAAAAGUUCUGGGUUCAAACCUGAGCACCUUCCAUUUUUUUCCAUCGUUUAAUCGGUAUUGAACGUCAUGAAAAUGCUAGAAAUUGAAAUAUCUGCAUUUUAGUACUAAAAUUAGUCACUUGGAACAAAUAGAACCGGUACAAAAUGAGAUUUCACACUAAGGAUAUACUUCAGUGGAGAAAAAAAUCAAUAAUACGCGUAGACGCGGGUGACUGUACCCUUGUUUUUGUAAACUUUUCUUUCAUUUUAGCACUUAAAUAUUGUUUUUAGACCAUCCGGAAUAAAUAAAAAGAAAUAAAACAAGAAGUCAAUUGUGCUUGAAAUAAAUCAAAAUGAAUUCAAAUCUCCUUAUCAACUUAUUUAUUUUUAGUACGUUCGUGCAGUCUACAUCACUUUGUUCUGAUAAUAAUAAUAAUAUAAUGCUGGCACAAUAUUCUAUGAAGGAACAAGGCCUUCCCGCAAGGGGAUUUCUAGACAUGCAUUAUUAUUUUUUCUUGUACGGCAUGAGGUUGUCAGUCCCAUGCCCGUAGAAUCAAGUGCAGUGAAGCUCACUGGAUGCAAUCCGAAUCCGAACACCUUUAACACCAGAAAAAUUCCUGGUGACCUAAAGAGGAUUCGAACCCAGGACACUUGCAUCAUAGAGCGAGUGCUCUACCACUUGGCCCAUUGAGUGCCCUUGUUCUGAUAACCUAAUAAGUUUUUAACAAAUUCCAUGCAAAUUCCUUUCAAAGAUUUCUCUUUGGAACUAAGCAGCGUUUUUUAGUACAUUGAUCGAAUGCAUUGAUAAUUAUUUAGUACAUAUUGAUCUACACAGUUUUUCAUAAAACUACGUUACUUUUUAGUACAUCAUACUUCCUAGAAUUCCUACUUUGUACUAAAAAGAACAUUUUGACUUUUCGCAAUAAAAUUCCUAAUCAAAUUCGUACUAAAAAAAAUGGUAGAACUGACUACGUUAUUUUUUUUUUAGUACUUUUGGAAUUACUCCCUUAUUUUGUUCUAAAAAAAAAGACUUGUUUUUUUACAAAUUGGCAAAAAUUGCAUUGACAGAAAGUACAGAUUAUUAUUUAGUACAUAUUGAUCCUUUAACUUAUUUUUCAAUAUUUCAAGCUAUUAAUACAAAUUCAUUACAGUUUUUUUUAUAGAACUUUAAGUAUGUUGUUUUUAGUACUUCUUGGAAUUCAUUCCCUAUUUAGUACUAAAAACAAAAUUUUGACUUCACAAAUUCCCGAAAGUUUCAUUUAAAAAAUGGAUGAAUAAUCGUUUAGUACACGUGUAUUAUUUCUUUUUUUUUUUUUUAAUAUUUCAGGUUCUUGAAACAAAUUUAGUAAUUUCUCCCUUAUUUUGUUCUAAAAGAAAAUCGUAGUUUUCUUCCACAAAUUAUCAAAAAUUGCAUUGUCAAAUUGAAUUGAUAAUUAUUUAGUACAUAUUGAGUUUUAUAUUUUUUUAUUCAAGCUAUUAAAUCAAAUUCCAAUAUUUUUUUUCUUUUAAUAAUUUGCAUAUAUAUUUUUUAGUACUCUUUGAAUUUUAACUUCUCAUUGCUCUCAAUAAAUUCUAUGACUUUGAUACUAUACAUGUUUUAGUACAUGUUCAUCUUUUUUUUAUAUUUCAAGUUCCUAAUGCAAAUUGUUAUCUAAAGUUUUUUUUGGUCCUCCAGAGGCGUUGUUGUUUUAGUACUUCGUGGCAUAUCUGCUCUUUUUGUUCUAAAAAAAAAAAUCAUUGAUUUGGUUCACAGCUAAUCAUUUAGUACACGUUAAGUUGUUUUCACUUUUUUUCAAUAUUUCAAACUAAUAAUACAACUUAAUAAUCCAAUACUCUUUUAGUACAUUAACAAAUUCUCACUAAGGUUCUUCUAAAAAUAUAAUUCUGAUUUUUUAUCCAAAUUACUGAAAUGUUAUAAUAACAGAGUCGUCUGUUAUUACGUGUACUAAUUUUUCUAGUACUUUUGGUACAUUUAUUAGUACACAUAUUUUUAGUACAUCAAUGUACAACUGUAGUUAUCUUUAUUUAUAAACUUUAAGUUUUUUUGAUUUGAGUGUAGAACAAUUUAGUUUUAAUGCCGUGUACUAAAUCAAGUAAAUGUCAAGAUUUUAGUUCAAACGAGGGAUUCGAGAGGAGGCUGUUCUAAAUCAACCUAAAUACAUAAUUUAAUUUAAAACUUUCCAUUAAUACUUACGUAAUGGAUGACGUAAAUAUUUAACGUCCUCCUUUAUAAAAUUAAGGUUAUGUUCAAUAUAACCUCACUUUUAGCAAUAAAACGGUGAGUAAAUUAACGAAUUUAGCUGUAUAAUUUUCUAUAUCUUUACUAUAUCAUUUCUGGCCAUAAAACAAGCAAUAAAGGGAUUGGUGAAAAAUCCCAGCUAAGACAAACAAAUAUAUUUAAAAGAACAAUUAAAGUUGAGAAUGAUUAAAAGGGAAUUUGAUAUAAAAGAAAAUUAGAGAAGACAAAGUAGAAUAAAAUCCAUAUUUUUUGUUACAUUUUUUCCCCUUUUCCCUCCUGAGCAUUUCUUAGUGACUAUUUGCACUCCAUUCUAUUCUAACCAUCUCGACAUUUUUUUACUUAAUUGUUAUUUUUUCUGUUUUUUUUUCAUUUCUCGAAGAAAUUAUUUAAAUAGGCAAGAGGUUAUGUUACAAAGUGACAUUUCCCGAAGAGGACAUAACCUCAAAAUUUUGGAGUUUAAACUUAAAAUCUAAAGUCUUUUUUUUUAGAAUUUAUACCUUCGAUACUCAAUUCCAUUUCAUUUAGUUAUGUAUCAAAAAAAUGAGGUUAUAAUUUAAAAUUUUAUUUACAAUGAAAAUUUAUUCAUAAACUGCAUAAUUUUGUAUACAAAAAUAUCUUUCCAGAGGUUUUUCUAUUCAAAAUUUUGCAGGUUAUGUUUACUUAGCAGAUACAUCUUCACAUAACCUCACUUUUCAACCUAACCUCUUGUGUAUUUUUGCAAUUUUUCGCAAUAUUUUUCUUUUAAAAAUGUGAGCAUGUAACAUUUCAUACAAUUGAAGUGAAUGAUUAUCUCCUUUCUGGCAUUUAACCAAACACGAAAACAAGUAAAGCAUUAAUAAUAGGAGCAUAUUUGAGACAAAAAAAAGAACAAAAUAAAAACCUUCAUAAGUGUACAUUAAGAUUCCCUCAACAAAAAAAAAGAAAAACAAAGCAUAAUAAAACGAAAAAAAUACAAGUAAAUAAUUAAAUAUUAUCAGAAGUUAUGCAAAGUAUAAUGAUAUGAAAAAAUUGUAGGAUAUUUUUCUCCUUCUUUUGCAUUAAGACAUUUUGAUGAAAUAUUAAUAUUUUAAAGAGACGUGAGAGUAAUUAAAAAAAAAACAUAAAUAAACGGAAAUGACUCUCACGUAGGACAUUUGCAUGUACAGUAAUUUUUCUUUUAGUAAUACUUGAUGAUAAAAUGUAACUACGAACCGUGUUAAAGUUCAGCAAAUUGAUGAAAGGGAAGAUGAAUUGUAUCGCCUGGUUGCGAAUCAUAAGAGAAAAUUGUCCCGACAAUUUAACAAAUUACUCAAAGAAAAUCCUUCACAACAGUCUCUCUCUUUAAAAUUUGAAACCUUCUGGAAAAAUUACGGAUUUUUGAACUUCAGAAAAUUUUCUGAACAAGACGCCUCGUUCUCUUAUUUGUUUCAAUAGGUUAACUUGAAAAGUUUGAGGUUAGGUUGAGUCUAACCUAAAAAAUUCAAGAGCUAUUUUUGUGGCAGUAUCCUUUAAUUUUGAAUGUAGAAAAUUUUAUCGAUUGCCAUGGCAAAAAGAGCAAUCCGAUGAGAAAAUUCUUUAAAUCUUAAAUUUUUCAAUUUCUAACCUCACAAUCCUAAUAGAACUUGAAUACUAAACAUUUUCAGAAGUAAAUUUUUAAGUCAUAAAUAUGAAAAUAUUGAAGGCAUGAGCAUUUUUUGCGUGAUAAAAUUGUAAAUUUCUUUUAAAAAAAUAAAAUUUUUGAGGUUAGGUAAAACAUAACCUCAAAUUCUAAAAUAAAUUCUUUGCCAAAUAAAAGUUUUCGGUACAGUAUUGUAUUUCUUUUGUAGGAGACAUUUUUGAAUACUUGUACUUUUAAUUUUAUUCAUAUUCUAUUGAUCUUCUGUUGAAAGAAAAUGAAAAUUGUAAGCUAAAAUGGAUAGAAAUAUUUUAUUUGGUCACGAAGUGUCGAAAAAUACUGCCAAGGUAGUUUACAAUUACAGAUUUUCACAAUUUAAUCAUACUUUCAACGCUGAGACAGGUUAAACUGUAUAAAAGUUAUAAAAUCAGCUUCGAAAAUGAGGUUAGGUUAAACCUAACCUUAAAAAAAUUCCGAAAUAAUUUCAGAGAGAACACAAAUCGAUUAUCUUAGUUUUUCGUGGUGACAUCGUAUACUCUACCAUCAUAAUAUCAAAAAUUUAACAAAAUGUAACCUAAAAAGCAAAGGUUUUGAGGUUAGGACCAUAUUAUUUAAAUUUUGAGGUUAGUUACAAUACAAUUAAUUAAAUAAUCUUCCUGUUAUGUAACUUGCUGAAAUUUGUAAAUUAAAAUUCGAAAUCUUUCACUUUUACAUGAAUGUAUACAGUCUUCUUUAGGUUAUGUUCCACAUAACCAUACUUUUCAAAUUUGGCAAAUAAGAGCUUGAGAUACUCUUAUUCAUCUUAUUAUUGGGCACUUCAAUUGGAUAAAGUCGAAGAAAAUAAGACGAACAUUUUCGAAUUUUUCUAACUCCGGAAGAAAAAUUUACGCUAUAUUAAAAUUAAUGGAAAAUUUAAACUUCAUGAAAUUCUAAAAAAAAAAUAUUCAAAAUCCUGUUUUAAAAAAUUCCGGAAUAUUUUAAGUUGAGAAUUAUUCCGAAAAGGAUAUUUGGCAAGUUAGAAAUUCAAUAAAGAAGAUAUUUCUGAGAAAAUUCAUUUUUAAGGAGAAAAAUCUACAAUUCUUAAAUCCAGGAUUAGAAAACUUUAACAAAAUAUCUUAGAUUUAUUGAAAAAUUCCGGGAUACAAAUUUUAUAUCGGCAAUAUUUCGAAAUUCAGAUUAAAUAAAAUUGAAUUGAAGGGUUCACAUGAAGUUCAAUUGAAGUCGACAGCAUUUCAAUCAUUUUUUUUUGCAAAAAAUUCGCUAUUUGAAAUUCCGGAGUUACAAAAUUUUGACAAAUGUCAAAAAUUCUGGGAUAUCCCGAAUAUUUGGGCUGAAGAUGCGAAUAUUUCAGAGUCUACAAAUAACUAGCUUCAAUUUGCAAAAAUGUGAGUUUUACAAGGAAUAUUCCUUGUCAAAAUUCUGUGAUCUUUAAUCCAGGAGUUCCAUAAAAAUGUCAAAACUUCUGAAAUAUUUCAGAACUGACAUUUAUUCAAAUUAGACUCAUUGUCAAAAGUUAUAAAUUUUUCAAAGAAUAUUCCUCGAUAAAUUUUCGUUUUCUUUAAUCCAAUUCCGAACAAAAUGUCAAAAAUUUAGGAAUUUUCCGAAAUAAACAUUUAACAAGCUUGAAGGACAAAGACUUUACUUUAAAAAGGUACUCGUCUUUCAAAGAAUAUUGCUUAAUACGCUUGAGAUAAUUCAGUGAUCUUUCAUGCAGAAUUUCCGGAUGAAUAUUAAAAAUAUUUUGAAAUAUUCUUGAAUGGGCAUUUAACAAGCUUGGAAUUCACGAAUCGUCAAAAGCCUUCAAUUUUUCAAGGAAUGUUUUGACGUCAAACUCCGUGAUUUUCAAUUCAGAAUUUCCGGAUAAAUGUCAAAUAUUUCUUAAACAUUCAGGAAUGAACAUUUAACAAGCUUUGGAUCCUUGAAAUUGAAGAGUUUAUCUGCAAAAAGCUCUCAUUUUUUAUGAAAUAUUUAUAUAUAAAAAUCCAUGACCAUUAAUCCAGGAAAUCCGGAAUAAUAAAGAAAAAUAAAAUAAAAAAAAUAAUUCCGGAAUGGACUUUUAAUAAGGUUGGAAUAGAAAUAUUUUACUGUUGAAAGUUAUUCAUUCUUCAAGGAAUAUUGCUUCACGAAAUUUUGUUAACUUUAAUUUAAAAGUUCCGGAUAAUUGUGAGAAUUGUCAAAAAAAAUCUGAAAAAUUCCGGAAUGAACCUUUAAUAAGCUUGGCAUUAAUAAAUUUAUUUGUCAAGAGUUCUUAAUAUUUCUAAGAAAUAUUUCUAGCUGAAAUUCUGUGAAGUUUAAUCCAGUUCGGAGAAAUGCCAAAAAUUCUGAAAUAUUCCGAAAUGGACGUAUAGGGUGGCGACAUUACUUGUGGCCUCUGUCUUUAACUAUGGCCUCUUCGAUGAUGUCGAUAAAGCUCAAAAUUAAAAAUAUUUGAUGUGUUUUAAUAGCACAUCACUUUUUUUUGGUUUUCGGAAUCAUUUUCUGACAAUAAUUCUGACGAGGCCAUACGUAAAGAGAGACCACAAGUAAUGCCACCACCUUAAUAGGCUUGGAAUUGAAGGAUUUAGCUAUCAAAUUUUCGAAAAAUAUUCCUUUCCGUCAUCUUUGAUUCAAGAGUUCCGGAUAAAUAACAAAAAAAUCUGAAAUAUUCCGGAAUUGACAUUCAAUAAGCUUGGAAAUAAAUGUCUUAAAUAUCAAAAAAAUUCAUUUAUUUUGUGAAAUAUUUCACAAAAUUUUGCUCCGGACUAGUGUCAAACAAUUGAAAUAUUGUUAUGCUUCACGAACUUUCGUAAUUUGUACUUCAGAAUUUCCGGAUAAAUAUUUAAAAAGAAAGAAAUAUCCCGGAAUAGAUAUUUAUCAAGCUUGAUAUUUAUGAGUUUAUCUGUCGUCAAAAGUCUUCAAUUUUUUAAGGAAUAUUUCUAAUUAAAAUUUCGUGGUCUGAAAUCCAGGAACUCCGGAAAAGUGCCGAAAACAUUAAAACAUUCCGGAAUGGAUAUUUCACGAGCUUGGAAUGGAAGAAAGAACUUUUUGCUGUCAAGUUGUUUUUUCAUUUUCCAAGUUGCUUUAUGAAAGUCAGAAGAUCCGGAGAAAUAUGAAAUAUUCCGGAAUGAACUUUAAAAAAAAACUUAGAAAGAAAGAGUUUUUUGUUGUCAAAAUUUUGAGAAAUAUUCCUUUCUUAAUUCCAGGGCAAAUGUGAAAAAUUCUGAAACAUUCCGGAAUGCACAUUUAACAAGUUUAGAAUUGAAGGGUUUCGCUGUCAAAAAUUGCAAUGUUUUCAAGGAAUUUUGGUAAUAUUCCUUGAAAAUGUCUUCCGGAAUUUGAAAAUUUCAGCAAAUGUUUCGUAGAAAAAUCAAAUCUUUAUCAAAAAAAAAAAUUAGAAACGGAUUAAAUUAAAGAUUGAAGAGAGAGAGAGAGAUAUGGAGAGGGGGGAAAGGGAAAAUAGAAAGGGAUGGGAAAUGAGAGAGAAAUUCUAGAAUGAGACAAUUGUAUGAAUAUAUUUAUCUCCUGUAAUGAAGUGAUUUAGAAAUUUUGAAAUAUAUUUAUAAUUAUUGUAUUUGAAAUAUAAAUAUAAUUUUAAAGGACACGUAGAGAGAUGAUAUUGAAAGAGAGAGAGAAAGAGAGAGUAGAUGAGAAAAACAAAAACAUUUAUUCAUUUAUUGAUAAACUUAUUGUAAUAAUGGAAGUAUGAUGGUGGUGUUCAUGAAAAAAAAUAUAAAUAAAAAAUUGUAAUAAUUGUUGCUAAAAUUUAGUGAGGCAAGAAACACGAGAGUGAACUUUAACCACUGAGAAAAGAUUAUUAAAAAAAAAAGAAAAAACAAAAAAUAUAUCCGUAAAAAUAUAUUAGCGGUUUAAUAAAUGUAAUAAAAAAGGAAUAAUAUAAUUGCGACAUCAAUACAAGUAAAAAAAAAAUGAAAAUGAAAAAAAUGUGUAGCACUUUAAAAGGAAAAAAAUGAGGAGAAAAAAAUAUUGAGAAAAAUAGAUGAAAAAAGAAAUUUAAUGAUAAUCCUUAGGUAAUAUUACUUUACAUUUAUUCAAUUUAAUGAUAAAAAAAAGAAGAAAGAAGUGAGAAAAGAAACAUGGAGGAAAAACAUUUAAAAUUAAUUAAAUAAUAAAUAUUAUAACCGCAAAUCUAACACUACAAAGAGAAUAAAAAAAAUCUUAUAUAGAUAAAAAAGUAAAAAAAUGUGAGAAUAAGUAAAAAAAAAACAGUAAAUUGUGUGUUUAUCUGUAAUAUAUUGUAAUUUAAAUUAAUGAUAGAGGAAUGCAGAGAAUAAAUAAUUACAAUAAAGAAAAAUAAAUAAAAAUAAAAAUGAGAAAGUUAAAAUAUUAGGAAAGAAAAAAAUGGAAAUUUUUCGGGGUUCUUUUGCCUAAAAAAAAACAAACAAACUUCGGAAAAAUAUUUGUUUCGGCUUUCGCUAUUUUUUAUUUUUUCAAGGUAUCGCAAGUCAAAAAAGUGGACAAAAAACAACUUUCUCACGGAAAUUGGAAAAGCAAAGAAAAAACUAAAAAAAAAUAGCAGUUGAAAGGUGAAAUAUCGACCAAUUUUGUAUAAUAACUGAUCCACAAUACAAAAAAAAAACAUAAAACUCAUAAUAUUCAAAGGGUAAACAAGAAGGAGGGAAUAGUAGAACGAAUGAGAAUUUUCAGGUUAAUGAAAAUUCUUGAGAAUUGUUUAAAAAAUCUUUGCAGGGAAUUUUCUUAAAUAAAAAAAGAGGUUAUGUUGUCAAAUGAGGUUAUAACGCUUAUAACCUCAAUUUUUUUAAUCUAGGUAGGUAUAUCUUGGGUUAUAUUUCAUCCCUUCAGGAAUUUCUUGUACAUAACCACAAAAAGUUUUGACAUUUCAUUUCAGAAAGAGUUUCCGGAGAGAAAAUUAAAGAAUUUACCACGUAAAAUUCUCUUUAGGUAAAAUAAUUUUGAGGUUACAGCGGUUACAGAGAUGACUUCUUUUCCUUUCUUCACUGAGAGAAAUCCGAAAAAGUUAAAAUAACAUUCAGGAAAUGUUUAUUUUACCCUGCAGCAUUGAUCCGAAAUCGUUGUAAAUAUUAUGCUUUUUAGGUGUAUUAUGGGUUAAGGUUACCCUUCUUUCAUGUUGAUUUUACCCUUAAAAGGUGUACAAUUAACAUUAAAAAAUGUUGAUAUAUUUUUACACCUAAAAAGUGUUAAAGUUAUGACGAAAAAAAGUUAAUCGCAGCCUCUUUUUUUCUCAGUGUUGAGAUUUUUGCGGAAUUUGAGGUUAUUUUGUCUAUAACCUAAAAAAACACAAUUAUUUCUUACUUGACAAAGGAAGAUUAAGGAAUUUCUGUCACAGAUAUUUCUGUCAUGACUUUCAAUUUAGCAACCCACGCUUGUCGAUCCUCCGCCAGUUCACGAAGAUAUUCGGGUUCGAACUCAAUGCGCUCCAAGACAAGAUUCUGAAUUUGAUUGAGCCACCUUGUCCUAUGUCUGCCUCAAGAACGACGCCUUCUCACAAAGGCUUGCAUAGCUUUUCUGGGGAAUCCUUUUUCUAUCCAUGCGCUGAACGUGUCCAUACGGAACAAACGGCCGCGUUCCUCACUCGAUCUCGACGAGUAAUUUCUUUAAACGCCCGGAGCUACCUCAUCUUUGGUUAAAUUCCAUCCACUCAGAGAUGUCUUGUACAUAACCCCAAAAUGUUUUGACAUUUCAAUUCAGAAAAGUUUCCAGGGAGAAUAUUUAAGGGACUUCCUACUUAAAAUCCCCUUUAGAUUAAAUAAUUUUGAAGUUACAGGAAUGAUCCCUUUUCCUUCCAUGAGUUGUUUUUUGUAGAUUUUGAGGUUAUUUUGUGCAUAACCUCAAAAAAUCAAUCAUUUCUUACUUGAGAAAGCAAGAUUAAGUUGCCUUUCUCCAAUUUAAACGGUCUUACCCUAUAGCCAACGGCCGCGGCGAUUCCAUUGGAUUUCCAGCAGCCUUUUCUGUCAUGUCUGCUCAAAAUCCGCGUAAGCUUCCAAGGUGGAAGUUCAAGAAAAUUUUCUUUAAAAAGGCAUUUUUUAAAGAAAUUGCUCCCAGUGUGUAGAGGCCAUUAGAAUAACUAUUCAGAAAAGCCUAUUGAAAUUAACAAAUUCCUUUGCUGUUUUCUCGAAAACUCCAGAAACCUAAAGUUUGUGUAACGUUAAAUUUGAAGGUUAUGUUAGACAUAACCUCACAUUGCUAACAAACUUUGAAUGUGUAAAUAAUCUUGCAUUUUGACAUCCUUUUACGCGGUUAAAUCGUAGAUAAUUUUUUUAUUAGAUUUUAUUUAGAUAAAUUCCUCCAAUGCAAAAACAAGAGGAUCAGGCUCAUUGUAUUUUAACCUACAAAAAUGUAACCUUAAUUUUGAUUUUUAAGACGAAAAGAAGCAUCAGCGUCUUAUUUCGACAGAAAUUAAAGCCAGCUUUAUUUUAUUUGCUUCAAUGUGCUUGAUUUACCUUUCCCUUAAAAUUCAUUAAAAUUUGAAUGCAGAGAAGCUAACCUUAAAUUUUUUGGGGUUAGAAAAUGUUUAUUUCUUUUAAUUGGAAAGAGUAGUUUAUUGAAAUACUUCUUACUAUUUCAAAUGCAUCUAAUUGUGAGCUUUAGAAGCUUUUUCUAAGGCUGCAACUUGUAAAGUUCUAGUUGGAAUUCUACAAACUGUUUAAAAUCAUCGGAAAAUAAUCAAACUAAUUUAAAUUGUUUGCAAAUAUCUCAAAUAAUAUUUAAAAAAAAAUUAAACAGAAUUCAUUUAUAAAAUUCAAAAGGAUUUUUUUCACCCUAAUCUUGUCAUAAUUUCUUUACGUUAUGUUCAAAAUAACCUCAAAUUCUGAAAGCAUAAAAAAUUUCAGUUAAAAACAUAACCUCUUCGAUAUUUAAGGAAAUUUCCUGCAUAGAAAAAAACACUGAGAAAGGAAUAAUACUCAGAUUCUUAAUUUAAUUGUUAAGACAAUUUCAAGAAAAAAAAAAGAAAGCAAAUAACAUUUUUUCAAUUAUCUCUCAAAAAAAAAGAUAAAAUAAAACUCAUUUCUAUUGAAAAGAGCAAAAGAAAGAGAGAGAAUGCGGAGAGGGAAAGGAGAAAAAGGUAAAUAAUAUUCAUAGAACAUUUAACAAAUAUACAAAAAAAAACUGUAUUGAAUAAAUUCACUGCAGAGAUGAUUGUUGGAAAAGCAAAAAUGAAAGAAAAGGUGAAAAAUGUGACAGAAAACGACGAAUUUUCAGUGAAAAGAAAAUUUAAAAAAAUAUAUUAGAAGAAGUAAAAAAAAAUCAUGAGAAAAGCUGUAUUGAACUAUUAGUAAUUAUAAUUAUUAAAAAAAAAACAAAUGAGAGAUGAUAAAUAAAAAGAAGAAAUACCUAACAAUAAUUAAAGCAAAAUCAACAAACUAUAAAGUGCAUAAAAAUUAUUACGAGUUUUUUUUGUGCAUUUUAAUAAAAAGUGGACAGAAAAUGUGGUUUUAUUGCAGCUUGGACUCUCAAAAAUAAAAGUUUUCUUUUUGUUUUUCA